AUGGCCGCUUCGUCCCCCGAGGCCGCCACAGCCACGUCGAGGACCACCGCCGGAGGGAGCGCGCUCCCAGGCCCUCCUCCGCCAACGCCGUCGAACCACCACGCGGCGCCGUCGUCCGCGGCCGCUGGGGGCACCACGGACGCCUCGCUCUCUGCUUUCCUGCACCGCCUCCUCUUGUCGCCGGCGCCACAGCUACGGUCUCCACUCGCGGCUCGGUCGCAGGCGUCGCCCUCGCUUCCGCCUCUGGUCUCGCUCGAGUCCCCCGAUCAGCGCGCGCUCCGCGACGCCGCCGACGUGGGCUACUUCCACCUCGCCGGCCACGGCCUCCCUUCCGAGCUACCGUCCUCCGCGCUCGCCGAGCUGUCUCAAAUCGACGCGUCCACGCGCCUGGAGUCGAAUCUCCGCACGCUCGGCUUCUCCGAGGAGGAGGAGGGGGGAGUGCAGGAUGUGGACGGUGGCGCCGACGAUCCCGCCGUGGUGUUCGACGCCUGCGAGGGGGACAUGGACAUGGACGCGCUCCCGGCUGCGGCGGAGUACGCGCGGCGGAUGAGGGACGUGGGCAUGCGGGUCGUGGCGCUUCUCUCAGGGUGCCCCGACACGGGUUUCCGGGAGGAUCCCUUCGCGGAGGGGAGGAGGAAGCCGCGGUGCCUGCUGUGGGCAUCCCGGGUCUCCACCGCCGAUACGGCACCUCCGGCCGUCGGGAAGGCGAAGGCGUACCCGUACGUCGUGGCGCUUCACUGCCAGUGGGAGGCGUCCGGGCAGGAAGAGGCACCGCUGAGCUGGGUCAUGAACGACGGCGGCGAGUGGACGGCAGUGGGCGCCCGCGACAGCGCGAUCCUUGUCGCCAUCGGCGACAUUGCCCAGGUGUGGAGCAAUGCCAAGUUGAAGAAAGUGAGAGGGAUGGCUCGCCCCACAACCGCCGCACCCGUGGAGACGCAGCAUGGCGAGACUGACCGUCUGUCGCUGACGGUCCUGAUCACUCUGUCUUUGGACAACAUCGUCUCGCCCCUGGUCCCGCUCUCCAAUGCGGCUGGAGAAGGCCGCGAGGACGAGGCAAAUGGUGCCGGAGCCGACGACGAGGAUGGAUGGAGGUUUCACUCUUUCCUACUGGAGGACUAUGCGUGGAGGGUGUAUAACCCGCAGCUUCAGUUCAAGGAUCCAUUGAUCCGGUAUCGGAUAUGA